UGGUAACUCAGAAAUUGAUGCCUUUAUUUAUGAAGCACAAACAACCGCCGAAUUUCCUGAACAGAUCUUAGAAUGGAUCCCAGAAACUCAGUUUACGGAAUUUAAGCUGAUUGGUAAAGGUGGCUUUGGUAGAGUUUUUAAGGCUUACUGGGAAAAAGGUCGUAUUUGCAAGUGGAACUCCAUUAUGAAUAAAUGGGAACGGAGCGAACCGAUGUGGGUUGCCUUAAAAAGUAUAGAGAAGGGAGAUGAAAGUUUUAUUGACGAGGUCAAAGCUAUGUAUCAAUGCCUGAAAAUUAACUUGGGCUCUUUAGAUUGCUAUGGUAUAACACGAGAUCCUGUCACACAAGAUUAUCUAAUUGUCAUGCGAUUUGUCGAGUACGGCGAUUUACGAGCCUACCUAUCCUCUACCUUUGCCACCAGUAGUUGGAAAGAUCGUCUCGACAGACUUUGGAGCCUAUCAAUUGAUCUCCGUAGUCUUCAUCGGUCAGGCCUCGUGCAUCGGGACUUACACGGUGGCAAUGUGCUUUUUGGCAAUAACAGACGUAACUUUAUUGCUGACCUUGGUUUAACUUGUAAGGAUGGUCAAACUGAAACUGGAGAUAUCAAGG